GUGACCAACCCCGGUCCCUCUCCACCCCGCCUUCUCCUCCGCCUACUCUCAAGCCUUCAAACUCCAUAACAAACAAGUCGCAGAUAAGGCGUCGAGGACAGCCCUCCCGUGGGUAGGUUUACUACAACCAGUCAACGUGACAGUGUUUACUUCUACGGAGACGUGGGUCACACCUCUUCACUCACAGACGGAUCUCAGUCUACGGACGGAACGGGGAUUUUUGAAGGACUUUGCUCUAGUCACUAACGCUGAUGAUAUUUGGUGAUGGCUUCUACGUCAACAUCGACAACGGGAUCAUCUCUGACGUCUGACUCAGCACGAUGUCACCCAGGAGGAGUCAAAGCUCUGAACCUGAAGCUUGGACCAUUGAGGAGAAACCUGUUUGGACCUGUGGACCACCAGCAGUUGGAUAAGGACCUGAAGAGGUUGCUGAGCGUGGCCCUGGAGGAAGCCAACAAACGCUGGAACUUUGACUUCCAGAAGGACAAACCAGGAUGGGGCUCUAAUAUCGAGUGGGAGGCGGUGCGGUGCGAAGAUGUGCCAGCGUUCUACCACAGCUGCUUGGUGAGACCAGGGGCAUCUGGAGCUGGGAAGAAGACGCCCAUGAAGAGAAUGUCUUCGUCGUCAGGCGAGGCUUCUCCAAUGUCCACCAGCUCGUCUGGCUCUGGCUCUGGUGAUGAGUACCUGGAGCUGACCUCGAGGGGGAGCUACAAUCUGAGGCAGUCAGGGAAACGCCAACAAUCUGCCAUCACAGAUUUCUUUAAGGUGAAGAAGAGGAGGCUUUAUAAGACUUCCUGGCAGUAAAAGAACAGAGCACCCCCCGACCCCCAAAAUGGUGGAGUGCUGGUCUCUAUCCCUCCUUCAUCACCUCACAUAGAUAUGACUCAUAUCGUAUGUAUAUAUGUAGCAAUUCAUAACUGACUUUCGACAAGCUCAUAAAGCAUGGGCUUACAAAUCCUCAGACACCACAUACCUUCUUUUUUUUUUUUAGCACAAAGAAGCUCAUUUCUUUCCCCCUUUUUAGUUCAUUAAGCUCUACAAACUUUUUCUUUGUACAUUAUAAAUACUUGGUUUAUACUGUAUAUAUCCUAUAUACUGUUUUCCUCAGUUAACUAUACUGUGAAAUCAUUUUUAUGCACUCAUUCAGGAAACAACAGUAGAUGGGCUGAAUGCUACUGGAGACUUUCCUUUUCUGUGUAUUUCCACACUGGCCUGGAGUAGAGACCGGCUGCUCUCAGAACGUUCUCUUCCUCUUGUCAGAAGUCGAGACGUUUUGAUGAGCUGAGGUGCUAUUCCUGGCUUUACAUCACACUUCACACGCCUCUAGGUCUAACCCCGUGGCCCAGUAAAAGCCCGAGGUGAUCCAACAGGUCAACAACCAAUCAUGACGAAGCUUUAACGUUUUGGCAGCACGUCUGUGACUAAGAUCAGUUUGAAUGUUAACGGUGGAGGUUUGGCCACAGGCAACAGGGUGACAAAAGUUAGAAUCAUAAUAAUGUUUAUCACGUGGCUAUUUAUUUAUUAUUUACGAUGCAAAAUCAUCGUCUAAAAAGACAAAAUAUAUACUUUUUUUAAUGAGGCAAGAUAAGAUGUUUGUGGAAACUAAAUUAUGCCUAAGGCUUUAAGUCAAUAUGGCUCACACACACACACACACACACUCCACCGUUGCCAUUUAUAAUUGUCACCACAGUACUUCUCUUCUACUUCUCUUCUACAGUGUAUUAUUAUUUGCCAAAUGAGGUUGUAAAUUUAUUUUGGCAAAUCCUAUGACAUUUAGUUGUACUUUUCAAGCUUUAAAAUGUAGCAUUUUCUUAUCUUUGUAAGUUUAAAAUUUAUGUUGAAAUUGUUCUUCUUUUCUCCAUGAAGGGAAAAUAGCCUUCUUAAAUUUUUUUUUUUUUUAAGAAUUGUUUCACAGCUUAAAGAAUUCUAAACACAUGGCUCUGCUUUUCAUCACUCUGGUCUCCAUGAGCAUUUGAGCUGCAUCACAUUUUCUCUGGCCGUGUGUUUUUGUACGUAUUUGCAUUGUGUCAAUGAUGUAUCCUAGUGUUUGUGUGGUUUUUUUUUUUUUUUUUGGUUUUCACCAGUUGUAAACACUGUGGCAGCUGAGGCAGUUGAACCAAAGAGAAACUGUGGGUUUUUUCAAUUUAAAACACAUGAGUCAGCUGUUUGGCCUUCUGUUGAAGUAAUCAGUGAUGAGUCGUAGAUGACGUCACUUAACACUUUUUAAAUUUAAGAUAGAAGCUGAAAUAUAAUUCAUGUCUUUGUGCUUGUGCUGAAAGAACACAUGACUGACUAUGGCACACAACAGAAUCACGCCUAAGAUUCAACUCAAUGGCAGCGAGAAGAAAUACAAUUAAUUUUUGUAUUUCUAAGGCUUUCUAGAUCUCCAACAACCAACUACAGCAACUUUUAUCUGAAUUUGUAAAAAAAAUAAAUAAAUAAAAAAAAGCCAUAACUUCCUCCUUAACUACCUCAUUAAGACAAUCUGUAUCAGAUAUCGCAAAU